CCUGAAGCUGGAAUGUGAGAAGCUGGUGAGUGAGAAGACGGAGAUGCAGAGACAUUAUGUCAUGUACUACGAGAUGUCCUACGGGCUGAACAUUGAAAUGCACAAGCAGGCAGAGAUUGUCAAGAGGCUGAGUGCCAUCUGCGCCCAGAUUAUACCCUUUCUGACGCAGGAGCACCAGCAGCAGGUCCUGCAGGCUGUGGAGCGGGCCAAGCAGGUGACGAUGGGGGAGCUGAACAGCAUCGUCGGGGUGAGGGGUUUGCCGAAGGCAAACCAUUUGCUCUUUCUCUUUCAGCAGCAGCAGCUUCAGCACCUCUCCCACCACGCAUCCCCCAUCCCGCUGACACCCCACCCCUCCAGCAUGCAGCCUUCUAGCCUGAGCGGGGUCGGCGGCACCUCGGGGCUCCUGGCCCUCUCGGGGGCAUUGAUGGCUGCUAAGGAGGACAGAGUGGCCCAGGAAGGGGAGAACAGAGGUGCUUGGGGCACAGCCUCCGCAUUAACAGCCUCUUCCUCUCCUCUCCUCUGCCUCGCCAACACGGACCUGCCCGGACACUCUCCCUGCUGCCGCCUGGGCUCCAGAGCGCACCCCGAGCCGGGUGGCGGGGUGACCAGUGGCCUUCCCCCCAGUACCGAGUGUGCCAGAGCUCAGCAUGGCAGGAAGAGCGUUUCUGCUUCCUCUCCCGAGAGCCUUCAGGACGAGGAGCGGACGGGAGGCACGGGGCUGAAGCGGAAGCGGGAGGAGAAGGACCUGCCUGGGCAUUAUGAUAGCGACGGGGACAAGAGCGACUACAACCUUGUGGUGGAUGAGGACCCCUCCUCGGAACCCAGCAGCCCUGGUCAUGCACCCAGCAGCCGGCUCCUGCCCGCACACCGGGAGAUGCCCGAGAGCCCUGCCUCCAUCGCCUCAAGCCGGAGCACGACACCCCUCAAGCCGAAGGACCAGAGCCUGCAUGGGCGGCCUGGGCUGUGG